AUGAGAAGUGACAACCUAAGCUGGGCGGGCACCCCCCAGGACUUCAUCCUGCUGGGCGUCUCUGACAGGCCGUGGCUAGAGCUCUCGCUCUUCAUGGUCCUGCUGGUGACCUACGUGCUGUCCAUGCUGGGCAACGUCACCAUCAUCCUGCUGUCCCGGCUGGACCCGCAGCUGCAGAGUCCCAUGUACGUCUUCCUCAGCCACCUGUCCUUCCUGGACCUGUGCUACACCACCACCACGGUGCCCCAGAUGCUGGUGAACAUGGGCAGCUCCCGAAAGACCAUCAGCUAUGGUGGCUGCACGGUGCAGUACGCCCUCUUCCACUGGCUGGGCUGCACCGAGUGUCUGGUGCUGGCCACCAUGGCCCUGGACCGCUUCGUGGCCAUCUGUGAGCCUCUGCGCUACGCCCUCAUCAUGCACCGCGCCCUGUGCCACCAGCUCGUGGCCGUGACCUGGGUCAGCGGCUUCGGCAACUCACUGGUGCAGGUGGCGCUGACGGUGCAGCUGCCCUUCUGCGGGCGGCAGGUGCUCAACAACUUCUUCUGCGAGGUGCCAGCCAUGAUCAAGCUGUCGUGCGCAGACACAGCCGUGAAUGACGCCACGCUGGCCGGGCUGGUGGGCUUCUUCCUGCUGCUGCCGCUGGCCUUCAUCCUCCUCUCCUACGGCCUCAUCGCCCGGGCCGUGCUCAGGAUCCGGUCCGCCACGGGCCGCCGCAAGGCCUUUGGCACCUGCUCGUCCCACCUGGUGGUGGUCUCGCUCUUCUACCUGCCAGCCAUCUACAUGUACCUGCAGCCGCCCUCCCACUACUCCCAGGAGCAGGGCAAGUUCAUCUCCCUCUUCUACUCCGUCAUCACCCCCCUGCUCAACCCCUUCAUCUACACUCUGAGGAACAAGGAAGUGAAGAAGGCGCUGGCCCGGCUCCUGGGCCAGAUCUGGAGGCUCUGCCAGAGGUGA